GAAUGGGGAUUCACCAUUACAACCACAAGCCCGGGGUACCCAAAAUCUAAUGGCUUUGCAGAGAGGAACGUACAAACCAUUAAGAACCUGCUCAGAAAGACACUUCAUGAUGGAGGAGACCCGUACCUGGCGCUCCUCAACCAAAGAAGCACCCCUAUACCGCAGCUGCAAGCGUCCCCAGCUGAGCUCCUCAUGGGCCGCACCUUGAAGACGAAGUUGCCGGCAGGCCCAGGAGUGCUUCAGCCACAAAUGCCUCGUGACGUAUCGGAAGAGCUGAAACAACGACAACGGCAACAGAAGUACUAUCAUGACCAAGGAGCUCGACCAAGCAGAGAGCUAUGCCCAGGCGAAGUUGUCCGAGUGCAAAAGGGAAAAGAAUGGGAACCCGCAGAAGUGAUAAAGCAACACGACACUCCGCGGUCGUACGUGAUAAAACACCAAGGCAAAGUUCUGCGCAGAAAUAGACGAUAUCUAAACCCCUCACCGCAACCACUCUCGGAACUUAGCGAGGGAUUGGACUAUGACUCAGACAACGUUGACAAAGACGAUACCAGCCUAGGAGAUCCAUCAGACAGCACAGAACAGGGACAGCAACUCCCAAGCUCGCCAAAGAAGAUGACCAGAUCAGGACGGGAGAUCAAAAAACCGGCACGACUGAAGGACUUUGUUAUUUAUUAAUUAAAAGAGGAGAGAUGUGACAGUAGUGACUUUAUUAGUUUAAGACUUUGAGCAUGCGUAGUAGAAUCUAUGCUCAACCGAGGAACAGCGAGUAACUUAGCUGUGUUGAGUUGCGUUAGUAGACUCCAUAAUACAACUGAAAGCAUUACAGUAGCUU